AUGAACGCAACCCGCUUUGGUUUUGCGUGCCACCAGUUCGCAUACAGGGGCAUCUUCAGUGGCCCCAUUGCACCCAGCGUCCCAGAGUCGGAGGACUGCCUGAGCCUCAAUAUCUACGUCCCAAAGCGCCGUCGGGGCGAGCGAAAGAAGCUGCCAGUCUUUAUCUGGUCCUACGGCGGCGGCUUCGGCAUGGGCUCUGGCAGCGCCCCAUUAUAUAACCCGACUGACUUUGUUGCUGAGAAUAAGGACAUCAUCAUGGUCAGCUGGAAUUAUCGCACUACUAUUUUCGGCUUUCCUAAUUCACCAGCCCUUACGGCCCAGAACCUGGGCGUACGUGACCAGCGCCUCGCCCUUGAGUGGCUGCGCGACAACAUCGCAUCCUUUGGCGGCGACCCGAAGCGAAUGGUUCUUGGUGGGCAGUCUGCCGGCGCUAUCUCGGCACAUGCAAUGACUUAUGCGUAUCCCCAGGAUCCCAUUGUGUCUGCGCUUAUCCUCCAGAGUGGCACGGUCGAGCAGCUUGGGACGAAACGAGAAGGCCAGGACUUUGAGUUUGUGCGCGUCGCUCAGGCUGUCGGCUGCGCAAGCCAGGACCGGAAACAAGAGCUUGAAUGUAUGCGAAUGGUUGACGCUGAUAAGCUACAGCACGCCAUCUCAAACAAGACGUUAAACGAGAUCGGGUCACCGCACGGGGGAAUGCCUAUGGCGGAUGAUGUUGUCAUGUUCACCCCAGAGGAUGCCCGACGACGCUCAGAGGCAGGCAAAUUCGCUCGUCUACCCACGUUGAUCGGCACAAUGUUGAAUGAGGCCGAUUCAACCAUCCCUGAGUGGGAUCCAGUAAAGGGUGUCGACCGAGAGCUUAGCGACACGCUGACUAUGCAAGUCUUUGAGUGCAACGUGGCUCUCGAAGCUGGAUUCCGCGCUCAACACAAGGUCCCGGUGUGGCGAUAUUCAUACAGGGGCGUUUUCCCCGAAGUGACUCCCUAUCCAUGGGCGAGGGCUUACCACGCAGCUGAGACUGGCGUUCUCUUUGGAACAUAUGACUUGGUGAAAACCAACCCGGCGGCAAAUACCAACUCGACGACAAAAGAGGCUUCCAAGUUCCUGCAGCACAUGUUUGGGACAUUCGUGAGGGACCCCAUUCAUGGCCUCGCGGACAAGUACCGAAUGCCGCUCUUCCGCCCAAACACCUCAAGCUUGAUUGAGCUCUUCAAUGAGAACAAACCAACCUUUUCGUUGGGCAUGGAGCAGAAUCUGGCAACUUGUUGGUAUAUGACUAAGACAACUUCUGAGAAGACUACCUAG